UUUUGAAACACGUUCGAAUCCAGCGUUCGAGAACGAAUGCAAUCAUGCCGCUUUUAAAAAAGAAAAUCUAUAAUUUAUCGCCUUCUCCGAAAGAUCUAAAGGAAAGCGAAGAGCUGUUUGUAAUACCGGAGACCAAAGAGUGCUUCAGAAGCUACGAUGAAUAUAUUGCCAAGGUAUUUCUGUACAGCUCUCAACAUUGGUCAUGCCAAUACACUAGUCGAUCUGGGCUCACUUUUAAUGAUGCCCUGUUGUCAGAAAAAGAAGCUUUGAAACACUUGGAAAAAUUUCCAGACUGUUUUAAAGAAGAAGUGUUGAAGUGUGUUCACAAGAGCCAGGGAAAAGUUAAAGAUCUGGUGGACAAAUGUGUGAAGUUUUUAACAACUCAUUACUCCAUCCAAGAAGAAGUUGUCUUGUUGAACCCCAAGAAUGGAAAAAAAUGUCCAGGUGUAAUCAUUGAGGUUUUGAAUUCAAAUAUUAAGAAGGCGGAGAGUGAGAAGGAAAAUAAAGGGAUCUACGGGGCAGCAGAAAAGGUUUCUGACUGGAAAUACAAAGUUCAACUUCAAGGAAAGGACACAGUCCUUACAGAUAUAUCACCUGAUGAAAUAAAGCACAAGACAAAGUUGCCGUCGAAAGAAUUGUUAAGACUUUUCAUAAAGUACAGUAGUGAAAGAUAUUCUGUGGAGGGCAAAGACAUGUGGUUGGUUAAGGAUGACCUUGUACAGAAGUACGACUUGCCUUCAGCCUCAACAUUAAAAUCAGGACUUAAAGGACAAAAAAAAGCUAUGAGAAACCCCCUUGACACAAUAUCAGGACAAAAUGGAAAUAAUGCUCCUAAGCAGAAAAUCAAGAAAGAUCCAAGUCAACGAACUCUCAAUUUCUUCGUUCAAACACCGAAAGUCUCAGGAGCAAAUCACUCCCAGUAAAAGCAAAAUUGAUGAAAAUGGGAAAGUAAGUCCCGUUGAGGCAGAACUAAAGAUUUGUCUGACGCCUCAGGAUAAAAUUCGAGACGUUAUUGAAAAGUCGUCAGAAAAGUCUAAACAAGACGCGACAAAGAAAAAUGGUGGCCGCAAAACUGAAGGAAAGGCCGCAAGAAGUUUGUUUAAUGUUGAACAAAAUAAAACAGACAUUGUGGAUAAGUCGGAUGAGGCGGAAAGAAUUACUGUCGCAUCAAAAGACGACGAAAACGAUUUUGUUUCAGCCAAGGAAAAACGUGAAAAGGAAGGAAUGCAUUGUGAUAAACCAAAGACCAUUUCGCGAGAUGAAGUUGGAGUGAAAAAGUCGAAAAAUAGCUCCGGCGAUAUAAACAUAGUUGAUGUGAAAAAAGCGAAUACAUGUAGUUCUGUCGAAGUUAAAAGCCAUAUAAAAACAAAGCAAA